CACGGUUGACAAGCUAGUGUGCAGCAGGCUCGUGCAGCUGCCUGCCAGUGAGGCUGAGUGCACCCUGCACUUCAGAUCGCAACGAGAGCUCUGAGCACGGAACGGUGCCCUCGCAUUAUGGGUCUGUUGGGCGUAGAUCUCGACGUGCUUGUUUCCAUCAUCUCCUUCCUUUCACCGAAAGAUGCACGAUCCCUCUCCCGGACUACUCGAGCCCUCCACCCCAUAGCCCAGAACCGCGCUCUAUCUGUGGUGGUUCUCGACACGCCAACUAAACUCUUCCGGGCCCACGAGUACCUCCUUGGAGAUGUCGAAACCCGAUUGCGCUGUCUCCGAGUGCUCACGGUGACAUCCCGCGCGUUGAAGCCACCGACUCGGACGGAUGACGGCGAUGCCGACGUACUCAGGCUGGAUGCCGGGUCAGCUCGCGCGCUCGCGGAGCUCUUUGAGAAUGUACCGUCGCUCCAAGAGGUUUCACUGGAAUGUACAGAAGUACUCCUCCAAUUGGAGCCCCGCAUCUGGAAUGCCUUAACCACCCUUACUGUCCUCGCAGUCGUCGAAUUCAAGGAUGCGCAUGCAGGUGUUCUUGCUCGCCUUCGUGGAUUCCGAGGCCCACUCCGCAAGUUGACACUUCAUGGUUUUGUGGACCCUAAUACUGCGGAGUCCCCGUCUACGAAGUUGUCAUUUGCCGGCCUCGCAAAUGCUUGGUGCGCCUAUCCGCAGCUCGAGCACAUAGGACUUUCCAAUGUCGACAUUGUAACCACCGAUCCCGGGCAAGCGAUAUUUGCUCCAUGCUACAACGUGCAUAGCCUAGAUAUCUCACACUCUCGGGGGCCGCUGCCCAGUAUAAUCGAUAUAUUGCCCAAUAUCCGGUCUCUGUCGGUAUGCUAUACCCGGGGACAUACAGAUGCCGACGUCGACCAAGCCGAAAAGUGCUUUGGCCACUUGACACUCGUCCGUUACCGCACUAUUUACGCCCGCCCAGUGUUACCUUGGGUGCCGACGUCUGCCGUACGGCGACUCGAUCUCGCCAACGUCGUCGAAACUGACACCAAACGGUAUUGGAGUUUUCCCCAACAUUACGCCAACCUCGUGCAGAAGACGCAGCCUCUCAUUCUCUGCUUGUCCACCUGUUCGUCGACGGGCAGCGAGUUCUGGACGGGCGUGGUGUGCGGAGGAAGAUUGAGAUGUCUUAACGUUCGAUUGCACGCAAACUGGCGGUGUCAUACAAAUAUGAGCGAAUGGCUGGACAAGGUUCCUACCUUCUGGAAGAACUCCAACUUGUUAUACGUACGCAUCUACAUCGGCGAAGCAAACUUCCUCUCCCGCAUGGACAUCCCUGCAUCGUUACGGGAGGACACCGCUGCGGCCAUAACCUUCGUAAGGCAAACGACCUCAGAGCGUCUGCUCACCUGUGUCCCGUCGGUUCGCUUGAUCGCUGUCAAGCUGAUCGACGAAACGUCAUGGUGGCGGGUGCAACGGAACGGCGACGGCGAGCCUGGUCGACGACUCGUGCCAAUCUCAAGGGACGUCGGACAUCAUGUGGAGGCCUACCUGUAUUCAGAAGAGUUUGAGCAGACGUUGGUGCUAGACGAGUCUCGGUUUGACCAUCGCUGAGCGAUAGUAGCCAUCGGUUGCUCCCGAACCUGGUAGCAGAGCUGGACACAUAAUGGCAUGGAAGCGUGGGCAGAGCGGUGUCGAUGAAUGUGAUGUUAAG